CUGUCGCCUGUUGGAAAUGUCCGGAAGAGACCAUGGAUUCAAAAUCUAUCGACUCGCAGUCUAUCAAUUGCUGACUCUUUUCGCGCUUUCGGAGAUGGUGGGUGGGGAAGGGGCGGGACUAGGGAGAGGGUAUGGGUGGCGGGCCGUCAAUACAGUCUAUACUCUACGCUUUCAGAUCAGACAUAUGCAUGUUGUUGAUGGUGAAGAUAGGGAUGGUGGGUGGGCAAGGCGGCGGGCCCCUGUUUGCAAUCUAUAACAGGUACAUCGCGGGAGUAUUUCCACGAAUUGGACAUGUCCCUCGCACGCGAAUACGGCCUUUGAAUAUCAGUGAUGGCGAAAUGACGGCCCCCAUCCUACUGGCAGGACUUCAGGCGAGUACGAAUGACUUGACUUGACUCUAUGACCUAGGCAAUCCGGGUACAGAACAGUC